GUCUGUGGCUCCCACGUCUCAGGCUUCGAGAAUGCGCCCUGGAUCCGCUCGGAGCACUCCCGCGCCCCGUGGGCGCAAUCUGACAUGUCCGAGUGGUCGACCCCGGCAUGGUCCCCAUCGUCCAAGGGUUGGCCUCCGCUCCCGUCCAAGGCCGAGCCCGGUCAGCUCCUGCAGCAGUGCCUCAAGUUGGCUGGUCUCUCCUCAGAUUCGACAGCGCUGGAGCUUGCUCACCAGUUCGAGGAGGCGGCGGAGCGGGUCAAGCCCAAGCCCAAGGCUAAGUGCCCGUACGUGGUCUUGCGUGAAGCUACCUCGCUCUGCGCUCAGAAGCAGGCCAAGCUCGCCAAGGCGCCCAAGCAGCUCCUCGCGGCUGAGGCCCGCUCGGUGGCUCAGGAGGCCACGCAGGGCGGAGGCGGCGCAGGACCUGACGACUACGAGGAGGAGGACAAGCAAAAGUUGCUGCAGUUCCAACGGGAGCUCGACGACAUCGCCACCCAGCCCAAGGCCUGCGAGCAGCAGUUCAAGGAGCUGCUCGCCUCGGCCAAGCAGGCUCUGCGGGCCCCUCGCAAGAGGUCGCCGCUGAGGGUGCUGCUCCUGGUCGCGACGCUCCUGCUGAGCCUGCUGCCGCCCACGAGGGCGGGUAGCACGUGCGCCUCGGUUGGAGAUGCCACGGCGUUCUAUUCUAACAUCACAGAGUGGGGCCCACAGGCCCGACGGUUCCUCACGGAGAAGUUCUACGACCAUUCAGUUGUGGCCCUGGUGGAGACCCAUCACGGGGCUAACGCCCUGCCGCAGCUGGAGACCGACCUCGACAAGGAUGGAUGGCAGUUGAGCUCUACUCCCGCGCGUCCCUCUGGACGCUCGGAGUCGGGCCUCAGUGGAGGUGAAUGGGUUCUCACACGGAAGUUUGUUGCCAGCUCCUCCUUCCAGCGCAUGCGUGCGGCCGCCCGUGCUAAAGGCCGCCAGGACCCCUGCCAGGGGUUCGCCCCUCUCACCCUGCACUUGAAGACGGGGAAUGUUGUGGUGAUUGCCGCCGACCUGCAGCCUGGCCUGGAGCUCCGCGGCAUCAAUAACGACAUCAUGGUCGCGCUGGCGUCUUUCACUCGGGCCCUCGCGGACCCGUGGCUGGCUGUGGCUGAUUGGAAUUGUGAACCGCCCAGCCUCGUUGCCAGCGGCUGGGCUCAGCAGCUGCAGGCGCGCGUGGAGGCCCCGUUGAAUUGUAAAGUGACUUGUGACAUGGGCCCAGGCCGCCUGUAUGACUAUGUGCUUGCCAGUCACACGUGCCAAGAUCUGUCCUUGCACGCGGCGCAGAGUGUCCCUUGGAAGACGCACUGCGGAAUUUUGAUCACCAUCAAGGGCGCGCGCGAGGAGCGCUGGGUCUCGAAGUUAGUCGUGCCCAAGGCUCUGCCUACUGCUACGAGGCCGCGUGCCCAGCCCCAGCCUGACAGCAAGAGGCAGCGUCGACGUGCUGCUGCACUCCAGAGGCGUAAAGAGGCGCUCCCAGAGGACUUGCAGGAGGAGUUUGUUGCUAGUCAGGCGGUGCUCGCGACCUCGGAUCAUCAGGAAGGGGAGGAGGUGCGCGUGCCCUUCUCGGUGACUGAGGAUACUUGGCUGGCGGCACUGCCGGCGCUGCCCCCAGGCCCUCGGGCCUCCCAGCCCCACGGUGCGUCCCUCCACGGAGGUGUGGACCCGUGGCACGGUGAGUCCCUCUACGGAGGCGUGGACCCGCGGCUGUUCGGCGAGUCCCUCCCUUGCGGAGGUGUGGACCCGAGCUGUAGCGGCUGGGAG